AUGUCGACGACGACGGCGCGCGCGAUGGGGAUGGAGGCGGUGCGCGAGCGGUUGAAAAUAAUCGACGACGGCACCGCCGCCGCGCGCGCGCUCGGAGAGACGACGUCGACCGCGCGAGCGACGCUUGGAGAACUGGAGGCGGCGCUCGGGAGCUCGAGAGGACGCGACGGUGGGAGGGGGGAUGGGAUGAGCGCGACGGAGCGAAUAGUGCGCGAGGCGCGAGAGGCGAGCGAACCGGCGGAGCGAGCGGAGGCGGCGAUCGCGACGUUGGAGCGGGAUGAGACGACGCUGUACGAGGCUUGGAUGACGCUGACGACGCUGGAGAUGGAUCUGCGGACGGUGCGGAUGGCGCUAGAGCGCACGGGGGGGCGCGCGAGAGGCGUGUUCGACGACGAGGAGUUCGAGCGCGUGGACCAGGCGCGGGCGACGUUCGAGGCGACGCUCUGGAACGGCGUACGUCAGGGUAUUCUCACCGGGGAGUCCGGUGCUGAGGGGUUAGUUCGUGCCCUUCGCGUCGUCGCGGAGCAGGAGGUGCUCGACGCUGAAUUUGAGCGAGACGCAGAGACGUUCGAGCCAGAGUUUGAUCCGGUGACGAACAGAGCGACGAACGCGCCGCCGCCGGAGCCAAAGAGAUGGAAGACGAGAGUGUUCGCCGAGGUAUCGAACGCGGUCGAGGCCAAGCUAGCUCUCAUCGCCGAAGGUUUCAGCGGUCUCGACGACAAACAGAGCAUCGAACAAGUUUUGGAAGCGCUUGAUGAGAGUCUCGUGUCGCUUGCCGAGAUGUACGAUUACACCAUUCCUGCAUUUCCGCCUGAGUGGCGCGUGUUUGAAAUCGUCGUAGCACCCACGUUUCACGCCGGAGUGUGCGAUUUGCUCGUCAGGCUGAGUGAAAGUCCGAACACGUCGAACGGCGACAUGGUGGCUGCGGUGAAAUGGUCAGAGCACUACUUCGUCGCCAUUCAGUCGCUCGGUUUGGACAUUGAGACCACGGAUGAGCGACCGAACGAGUCAUUUGAGAACGAUGAGGAUAAUACCGAGUCCACGAGUCCGCCGCUUCCGUUUCCCGUCGGCUUGUCGACGUUGAUUGACACGUACUGCGAGCGCAUGCGCUCGACGGUCACCGAAUGGACGGCGAAUCUCUACCAAGUCGCGAAGAGCAGGCCACCGAAACCGGACGGCCAUGGUAAGCUUUGGACGUCCAGCGAUUUGGAGUUUUUUCGUCUCAUCACGGAGCAAAUGAGCGUCGCCACCGAGACGCAGUCGCAUGUGUUUGUGAGGCAGUGCGGCAGAGUGACGGGCAAUUUGAUUGUCAAGUACGCGGCAACCGUCGCCGAGCGCUUGGGAGUGAAAAUCGCGCCGGUUCCAGCGAGGACGCCAUCGAGAGGAGCACACGGCCCUGCGUUUCACGAACACCGAGAGGUUCCAUUCGAGACGAUCGUGGCUGGCGUGAACGACUCGAGGCGCUGCCAGACGCUGAGCGCUCGCGUGUUGAAGAUGAUUUCGGAAGCGCUGGGCGGUAAAGAUAACGUCAUGUCCGAUGAGUUCGAACACGUCACCAAGGUAUUCAACACCGUUCACGCCGAGGCUCGGAGAAUGAUCUCGCGUCGAGUGCUAGACGAUCCAGGCUUGAACGAAGUCAUGAACACGUUUUAUCGAGGAGGCGCGGACAGUCUGUGGGCAACCGGCGAGUCGAUGACGACGUUUCUCGCGACGGUGGAGGAUUACUUGGACGAUACCGAAACGUGGCUAUCACCCGAAGUCGCGGAAUCGGUUACGGAAACCCUGUUCGAACAGCUUAUUGAACUUUUGUUCAUUCUCUUCACGAAGCAGGCGACGACUGUCGCUUCACACACCGUGGCGAGACUCGAGGAAGACGAACGGGCGCUCAUGGAAUCCAUGGCGCUACGAAUGUCACGGAAUAAGGCGCUCGGGAGAAUUGCGAGACUGAACAACCUUCGCGGCCUCAUCUGCGCAGAAACAGCCGAUGACUUUGUGAGUGAGUAUGGUCGACUUCUCUCGAAUUGGCCUGACGCCGGCUUGGAUGCCGUCGCAACCGUGCUUCAAGUUCGAACGGACAUCGACAAGUCAACGUCUAGGUCGACGUUGGAGCGAUGUCGCGAUUUAUGCAUCACGAGACUCGCCGCAAUGACCGGACAAACGCCGAGUGGGGUCCGAAUGACGGCGCCCAAGGAGCAUCGCCGAACCUCGUCGAACGUCUCGUAUUCUGGCUUCAACGCGCGAUUUCGGCAACUCAAUCGAUGA